AUCGCCACGUGAUGAAUGUUUUGGGAGAAGCUUGUUCAGCUUUAGUGCACUGAAGUAAUUUAAACAUAUAAUUGAAAUAUUAUAUUCUAAUAAUUUUUUGCUUUCACAUAAAGUAUGAAACUAACUAACUGAUCAUUAAGAUGAAAUACGCAUGAAAGCAAAGAUUUGAUUCAAAUUCUAAUUGCAUCAGAAAGAUGGAUAUCCUUGAUUCGACAAUUGAUGAAGUUGCAUUGGAGGGCUUAGAUGGCAUAACAAUACCAUCUCUCUGGAUACGCUUGGAAAAUCGACGUCCUCCUCUUCAAUUCACUCUAGAUGAUAAGGGUAAAAGAUUUAUAUGGAAGUUGUUAGGCCAGAGUGAAGAUAUUCAAUUUUUCAAGUUAAAAAAACCAAGAAGUGAUAUCAAAUAUAAAAUAUUCGGAGAGGACGAUGAUGAAACUUUAGAGAGACAAGUGGAUGAUGAAGACAACAUAUACUCUUUCAAGCUUAUAAGAGAUGGGGAUGUUGUUGGAUCAUGUGAAGAGUAUCAAAUAAGACAAGACAUAACUAAGGCAGCCGGAAAGAUACCCCUUGAAAAAGCUCUCAAAACGUACGGGAGGAAUUUAGUUAUUGUUGCCAGCCAAACUUGCCGUUAUAAUGUCCUCUUUGGAAAAACAAUGCGUCAUGAUUUGGAUAUAAAUGAUAAAAUGUAUUGUUUUCUUGAGCUGAUAGGAAGAGGUCGAUGGAAUGGUGUUGACACUGGUUAUUUAGGAAAAGUAAUGAAAGUCGAUUCAAAAUAUACUUUUUAUGUCAAAAAACUAUUAAUAACGUAUGGACUUAUAAACUCUCAAGUAUGGCAUGAUUCUCAAAAACGAACAAUGGUCUCCAUCCUACAACUUUCAAGAUUUCAUAGCCUUAUGAUGUCAAAAUUUCAAAGAAUUGCCGAAAAUAUGAGUGAUUACCUAUUGAGAAAAAAAAACAAAAGAGAUUCAAUGUCAAAUGUUAUGAAUGAAUUGGAUAUUUCAUAUAGAGAUAUGAAGAAUUUUUUUAGAAACAACGAUUUCUCUCAAUUUUUUAAUAAAAAGUCCAUUUCUGUUAUAAAAUAUAAAGAUAGUGAACUAACUGACAUUGAAUUAAAUGCCAGUACACCAAAUAGAGAAAUAAGAAUUAUUGAACUUAAAAGACCGUUUACUGUUGAAGAAUUAUUAGAAAAACAAGCAGAGAAAAAUAAAAACAACGAGGAAGACAAUGAGACAAUUGAAGAAAAACCUCUAAUUAUGCGGCAAACUCUUCUGCAACAAAUGUUUGACCACGUUGAUAGCAAGGAAACUGAAGGAGUAUCAACAUCAGACUUUAUUUGUUUUGGAUUUUCAAAAUUGGAAUGCAGAUCAUUAUGUUCAAGUUUACAUCAGACAGGUUUAGUUGAUUGUGUUAAAAUCGAAGUUGGAAGACAAAAGAAGGGUCGGUAUAUUAGCAAAAGGCAUUCGAAACAAGGGUCGAAAGUAAGUGAAUUACGAGAAGAAAUGGAAAAAAUCUAUUUUUAUUAUAAAGACAAACAAGCUAAUAAUCCGGCAAUAGCUAACAUGAAAGAAGAGAAUGACUGUUUAGUUGGAAACUUUUUAAAGAAUAGAAACGAUCCAAAAAAGCCGCGAUAUAAUAAAUUAACUGCCUUAAACGAUUCUACAACAAAGACAAUAAGAAGAGCAUCUAUAGUUCUAGAUGCUAUUAAAAAUGAUAAAUUGGUAGACGAAUUAGCCAUCAUACAGACUAUAAGAAAAACUGAAAAAGAAGCCGGCUUAUCUGGUACUAUGGAUAAAAAAUCAUUUCAGAGACUAUUAAAUAAACUAGAGGAUUCCGGUUAUUUAAAGAAAAUUAAUAUUCAUACUAAUGACGAAAAGAGUAAAGAAGUCAAACUAGUUUGCCAUUACACUGUUCAAGAACAAGAUGAAAUUGUUCAGAAUUUUACCUGUAUGCUGGAAAAGACGAAUCUAUCGCCGAUUAAAAAAGAAGAUAGGAAAGAUAAAUCGUUUUUUAACGUUGAUAUGAUUGUUGGAGAUGAUAGUUCUAGAAGUUUCGAACCAAAAUUUUCCCCCAAUGCUCACGUUCUUUAUGGAUAUAAACCAAAAAUGCUUAGAUAUAAACUAUUUCAUGAAUUCCUCUGGUAUUUAACCAGAUAUAAUGGAAAAAAGGCUGACAAUGAACCAGCAUGGCGAGAUUUCAUACCGAAAUUAACAGUUAAAAAGUAUGCUGGGGACAAGUCAAACGAAGGAUGGUGUUUAAGUGGUGAAGUUUUAACGCUUAUUCCUUUAAGUUUACUCUGUAAUAUUUAUCAGAUAAGAUAUGAGAUCGAUGACUUGGAAAUGAAUUUAAGAGAUUCAAAUACAAUGUUUACUCCUCUAAAAGAUUUACCUUCUGAAUUAAAGAACAAAUUAUGCUAUAAAAAAAGAUAUAAACAGUCAUUUAAACAGAUUCUUUACGAUCUCUGCCACCUUGGUCUUAUAUCUCUAGGUAAUAGGCAACAAUACCACGAAGCUGAAAGGACAUUUAUCUACGUACAUAAAAAACUAAAGAUUAUUGAUACGAGAGACGAAAAUCGCAGAGAGCAUUUAUUCACGCUAAAUACUUAUGACGAUUGGGUUGACUAUUGGAAAUUUCUUGAGACUGUAUGUUUGGAAACAAAACCUCAAAAACAUCUAAAUAAUGCUGGUGCUGGUCAAAGUAAAAAAAUUAAAGUAGCUAGUUAUAACUUAAAGAAUAGCGAAAAGGGAAAAAGCGAUAAUGAGAUAAUUGAUGUUGGUAAUAUACCGGGAGACGGAUCUGGAGCAGGUGGAUUCGACAGUCUACUUUAUACACACAUGACAAGAAAUUGGUAUCCACCUGAUUGUGUUAAAGAAUCAAAAAAGAGAAAACCUAUACAAGUAAAAACACCUGCUCCUAUUGCAACUAAGAGAGUAUCGUCAUCUCUCUCAACUCUUAAACGAAGAAAAUAUCCAAGGAUCCAAAAUUCUGUCGUUAGUGCUAUCCAAGCAAAAGCUAGAAAAACUCUUAAAAAAGUUAUUAAACCGGAUAGAAGAUUAAGAACAGAUGAAACUGAUAGAAAGGUCAAAAUGCUACUUAAAAUGAGAGAUGUUUUAAGAAUACGAUGGAGUAAAGAAGAAGACGAAAUACUCUUAAUGUGCAAAGUAGCUAAUAAUUUAUUAAUGAAGAGUUGGGUUUUCAGCAUACCUAAACAGGCUGUAAGAGAUGCUCUGCAUAAAUAUUCACCUAUAUCUAAAAAUAAAACAUCUGACGCUUGUCUUAAAAGAAUUCACCAUAUGGGUAGAACUGGAACAACUACUCAUAAAAAGAUUGCUCUAUAUGUGAAUGAAUUUAGAAUGAAUAGGAAUUUAGUUAAAGAAUAUUGUUCACUGGAAACUUCCGCCAGUGUUUCAUUCCAAUUUAUAAAUUCAGCUUUUAGUAGUUUAAUUGAAUUCUUAAUCGAAAAAUUCAGGCCUAAUGAAUAUUUAACUAAUGGUUGUCCUAUAAACUAUCAACUAAAAACUUUAAAAGAUUUGAAAAAGAAUUUUGAAAUUGAUAGAAACUAUACUAACGAAUCAGUAGUAGAAAAUCAUUCAUUAAACACUAAGGAAGAUGCUCAUUAUCACGUUUUACGAAGUUAUAUACACAGUGCUUUGGUUGCUGGGGAUAAGAAGAAAAGGGAUACAGAACUUUAUAAAGCAUUUAAACAAUAUAGUGAUCCUCUUCUUAGAAAAGUUAUCAACGAUAUGAAAGAAGAUGGAAUGAUAAUAAGAGCUAAGAAAGCGCGAACAAUAUCGUCUAGCUGCACAUUAUUUACUUAUUCAUCUAUAGGACAAUUUCACGUGGCUCAAAGAUACGACUAUGUAUUUUUCUCAAAAUACGAUGUCGAUUUAUGCACCAAAAUAGUUGCCUUAAUCAAUCAAUUAAAGAGGGAUAAACAAUUAAACUUUAACGAGACAAAUGAAGCGUCAAGUGCACUUUGCACAUCCUUAAUGGCGAACGAUAAUAGCCACCUAGAGGUAUCGUUAAAGAACCGUGAAAAAGAAAGGGCUUAUAGAAAAAGAAAAGCUAAUUAUGUAAGCUGGUCAGUUCGAUUAGCAAUAGAAGAUGAACGAAUCGAAGAAACCAAUACAAACGACAUUGCACAGUAUAACUAUAAUAAAAAACUGAGAAUUCAUAAGGAUACGGUCGCAGAAGUAUUAAGUCUUAUGCCCAGAGUUAAUCUAACACCACCGAACGUUGAAGAAGCAUCUUUAGAUCGCCUAUCUCGGAAUAUUUAUAAAAUUAUAUUAGAAAAAGAUUGGAUAGGAGCGGAUAAAGAUGAACUUAACGCACAUCUCAGAAAAUCGAGUCCUAAAGAUAUUCAGAAAAGAGUUAAUGCUUUAAUUAAAUUGAAUUACGUUGCUCAAGCUGGCCGAUAUAAAAUUACAUACGUUGCUACGAAAUGUAUGAGACCGUGGCUGUUAAAUGCAUCGGAAUUGCUUGGUGAAAAGGAAGAUAGUCCGCCUGUCAAAACAACUGAAGAGGAAAUGAAGGAUAACGAUAAUUCUAUUGACAUGAAACCAAUUAUUACGGACGAAGAAGUUGUGUCGAAAAGAUAUAGGCAGGUUCAAUUUGCUCCGAGACCUUGGAUGACACCCGAAGCGUCGCUAAAUAAAGUAUCGUUAAAGAGAAUGCUUUUUUCCGUCCUCUCAAGAAUAACUUGUAAUCCUGGUGCGACAAAGAAAAAAAUAUAUAAUUAUUUCCAAAAGAAGUUAUGUCCUGUUGAAGUUAGCGAACUACUCGACAUCCUCAGAAUAAUUGGGGCAAUUAAAUUCAAAUAUUUACAAAUUCAAGAAAGACCAACGUUAUUUUCGAAAAGAAGGAAAAUUUCUAUUAACGAAUCCAUUAUAUUAAAUGAAAACAAUGACGAAGUUUAUUUAACUGUUAAUCCAUUGGCGUUUAUAAAAGUAUCUCAAUUUUUUGAUGAAUUGGGAUGA